UCAUUAUGCACCUGUGCACCACAGUGCAUUAGCAUUCCUUGGCGUUUCGCGUUUCGCUUAGUAAACAAUGGUGGAAAUUUACUGAUUAUUUUAGCUUUGACGAUUUCGGUGAUUAGUUUGACUAGCACGAAGACCCAUGCUCGCUAUUUGCUGAUUAUUGAUCUGCUGGGAGCCUGCAUCAAGAAAUUUUCUCGUGGAUAUAUAUGUGAACAUAACUCUGCUCGACCCCGCCAUAUAAGCAACCCAACACCAGAGAUGCAAGAAAUAGUUUCUCCUCCGAAUGACGAAGGUGAUUCCACUGAAGCCAACCUGUCAAUAAACUCUAAAAAUUUGAAAAGCCCAGAUGCCAAAAGCGAGAACCUAGAAAACAAUGAAUCAGAAGCCCGACCAACGUUGCUAAAACGUCCCUCAGACAUGCAUGCUGAUGAUCUCGCUGACUGGCAAGUCAAAUUGGCGCGCCUGUCAAACAUUCUGGAACCUCAGGAGAGUGCAGCAGCCAAAGCAGGCCCGUCCAACGUAUCCAUGAAUAUAAAAGUGCGGCAGGAUAAAUGCUGCACCUACUGCGGAUACCGAGGUUCGCUCAACAUUCACAGCAUCAGUAAAUACUGCCCAGAAUGCGAUACAUGCUACUCGUGCAUCAACUUUUUUCGCAUCCACCGGAAACCUGAAUGCCGUUACCUUAUGAGGUGGAAAGCGACUGGUGACUACCCUCCCAUCCUGGACAGAGUUUUCAACGAGUGGUUCCAGAGGCCACUCUUUCCGAAAAAGCGGCGGCGGCUGACAAGAAAGAAAGGGAAGGGAAGCUCGCCAAAGAAGAAGGACAAGAGGGUGCUGAGUGAGAAGAAAGCUGCUCCCAAAACCCUGACCUGCGACGCGUGCGGACUGAAGGUGCCGGAGAACAAGAGAAGGGCGUUGACGCUGCACCUGCUUUCCGCCACGCACUGCCGCAAGACUCUGGAAAUCCUCCCCUGCGAGAUCAGCCAGCAGAUGCAUCGUGAAGGGUGCGCGUGGUGCGCGUCCCCCAAGAAGAAAUCUACCAAAAGGACCACCGUGUGUGGCCAUUGCAACGAGGCUGUGCCCAAAAUGGAAUUCGUCUCUCAUCAGGUCACGAGGCAGUGCUUCAAGUGCAAAGAGACGAAUUGGUUUAAAUGCCGAAAUCUGCUUGAGUGGCAUCUACAAAAAGGACACUUGUCUGAAGAGAAAGCCAAGACUGAAAUCCCACCGCAGUCGUCAGACAAAGAGUAUGGAUGUCCAGGCUGUGAUCGCAAGUUCAAAGACCGCAAAACGUUGGACAACCACAAGCGGGACAUUUGUGUGCUGUGUCAGGCGCCGGUGGCGUGCGCAGCGCAGAUGAUGCAGCACUGCCAGGACAUGCAUUUGAUCUGCAUGUACUGCAGCCAAUUGUGUGACUCCAAAGCACUGCUGGCACAGCACCAGACCAACUAUCGCUGCGACGACUGCAACAAGCUAUUCAAGUGCGACAUGUCGCUUGAGCAGCACUGCGAGCGGGCACACGCGUCCAAUGAGUGCUCGUGCGGCACGGUGCUGGCCAGCAAGACGGCGCUGGAAGCGCACAAGAUCGCUAUGUGCCUCGUGUGCGAGGCGCAGUUCAGCUGCGUCUCCAUCCUGCGGCGCCACCAGGCCAACAACCCCAAUUGUUCUAUCGCGCUGCAAUACAACGACGCGUCCGAGGAGGAGGAGGAAGAAGAGGAGGUUGCUGCUGCCUUCGAGUUCGCGUGCAAGCACUGCAGUAGCGUGGUGGACAGCGCUGUCGAGCUGAAGAGACACCAAUCCAAGCAGCAGUGCGACGCGUGCCGGCUGGUGCUCGGCUGCGAACAGCAGCUGUCGCAGCACCGGACCAUCUGCAAAGUGUGCGACCUGUGCAAGCAGCGCGCUGUCCACCUGCGGACGCACCAGAAGACGGUCACCUGCGAGAACUGCAAGGAGCAGCUGGGCUGCGACGGCCUCUGGACGAUGCACCGCUUCCAGUGUCUUGAUGGCAUGAGAAGCAAAACCUGCACGCACUGCAAGCUCAAAUUCACCGAUUCGAUGGCGUUCAUCAAGCACACGUGCAACACAACAUGUCCCAAGUGCCAAAUUAGUGAAAAGUGCGCUACCCUGUUUGCAAAGCACACCUGCGAGGACACUCUGCCUACUACGAACUGGAUGCUCCGGUGCAAAUACUGCCAUGGGUACUACACAACCAUGAAGGCACUGGAGAAGCACAAGCAGGAGACCCAUUGCGACAACUGCGGCAUCUCGCAGCCAUGUGCCACGCAGCUGCGCGACCACAAGAUCCACUGCACUGUCCGUUCAGUCCGUUGUCCCAUCUGCAAGCAGCAGUUCCUCAGCGCCACCCAGCUUGGCAUGCACGUCGAGAAGCAGCACUCUGUCAAGGAGUGCCAACACUGCGGCAAGGCGUACGACUCCGUGCAGCGGCUUCUGUCGCACGUGGCCAGGUGGCACUCAGUUGACACGAGCACGUCCCACGAUGACUAUGCCGUCAAGCAGUCCACCGGCUGCCGCUUGAUAUUGGUUCGCAGGACCAGUUCGCAGGACACGCCAAGUCCCAGGAGCGUUGUUGACGAGGAAUCGACUUCUGUUGCCGCUGUACCUGAACCUGAGCCCGCCGAGGUCUUGACUGUAUGCGAGAUAAAAAAGGAGAGAGCACCUGAUUUACCUAACCAAAAAUUAGUUGAUCUCACCGCAGAUGACGAAGAUAGUGAUUUGGAAGUCAUCAAAGUAGUUAAUAAGUGAGCGCAUUUUGAAUUGCCUCUGCAAAUAUUCAUUAAACAAAUUUUGUCUGAUGUUGCUCAAAAUAAAAGAACAUAAAUAAAU